AUGCCUAUGCCUGCAGUUGAUGUGCGCCCUGCCCGUAAAGGGCCCCUGAGGCUCGAUCCUAUUCCCGAGAUCCUACGCCCUUUGAUUCGCGCCUAUCUCUUGGGCUAUGCAUCUGCCGUGGCUCCCCGGCUGUUGACAUUAGUGUUGCAGCAUGUUGCGAAGAGAAAGAAGAAACUAGCCAACCAACUUGCCCCGGACCUUGACGAUAGCUCAUUCGUCAGCUCUGCGGCACACAUAGAACCUUUGAAAAGCAUUCUAGAGAAAACCGCAAGGGGGCUCAGCGAGGCAGGUCGUUUGAGACUUGCAAGAUGGUUGUCAACAUUCCUUGCUGCCUGGUUCGGCCUGCGGCUGCUGCACUCCUACGAAGGCCGAGCGUAUACCGAAACUGUGCCACCGAAAGAGGGCUCGGCCCAAAACACCGAGACUCAAACAGUCAAGUUUGCUGGUCGAACAAUGGAUCUAACCCUGUUUGCCGUUACUCGAGCCCUCGAUGUCCUCGUUGGUGAUCUGUGGGCGAGGCACAAGGCCCGUCGUCUGGCCUCCAAUAGGUGGUCCAAGGCUGAACGAUUCCUCUCCAAGUUUGUUGACCCCCUUGUCUUUGCAGCUUCAUCAGGCCUUGUUAUGUGGGCUUGGUUCUAUCAUCCCAGCCGUCUGCCCCGCAGCUACAACAAAUGGAUCACUUCGGCAGCUUCCGUGGACUUAAGGCUCAUCGAAGCCCUUCGGCGGUGCCAUUCGGGCGAGUUUCAGUACGGCAAGGAGACCGGUCAGGCACAUCUCCUUCAAGGGAUGUGUGUAGACUACGAGUGGCCACUUGCCUGGGGAGAUCCUGCGGUAGUUGUUCCCAUACCUUGCCAGAUGGUCCAUAUGUCCAGCGGGCCUUCAUGCGAGUACCAUGCUGCAAGCCGCUUUUUUCGUGCCUGGAAGUGGUCAAUGGCUACGUACUUGCCCCUGACUCUUGCUCUUGCUCUUCGAAACCCCUCUCGCAAAGCUCUACGUCGAGCCAUAAUCUCGUCUUGCCGUUCCUCUAGUUUCCUCGCGACCUUUAUCACACUCUUCUACUAUGGAGUCUGUUUGAGUCGCACACGCGUCGGACCCCGUCUUCCUGGCGGCACAGCCAUUGAGCGUCAUCAGAUCAUGGAUAGUGGGAUCUGCGUUGGCACGGGCUGUUUGCUUUGUGGCUGGAGUAUCAUGAUUGAAACAGAAAGCCGGCGAAAGGAUAUUGCGCUCUUCGUUGCCCCUCGUGCCUUGGCCACUAUUCUGCCUCGACGGUAUUCUUUGGACAAAGAGUGGCGAGAGAGACUUGUAUUCGCCGCCAGUACUGCCGUUGUCUUUACUUGUGUGGCAGAGAACCCUGAUCGAGUGAGGGGCGUCUUUGGAAAACUGCUAAAGAUGGUUCUCAGUAAGUAA